UCCGGCUUACACCGCGAGAGACGUAUCGCGCAAUCUCGGGAUUGCGCGGAAUGAAUUCACCGACAUGGCAAACAAGUACAAAGCCGAGAAUAAGCUCAUAAGAAAACCUCUCACCUUUGAAGUACUCAACCCAAAACUCCAACCAUGGUGGAUCGUAAGAACGUGUUUAACCGACCAAGAAGGCAAAGUUAGAUAUACUGACAAACCUGUAAUGGAUUGUAGUCUUGAAGAAAUAUACCAAAGCAACAGUGUCACUUUAAUAAUGGUGGAUUUGAACGAUGCAUUUGCACCUGUUAUUCAUGACAAUAUCAUCAUCACACGUACAAAAAGUUUCGAGGAGGUUUAUUAUAGAAUUUUACUUGUCGCAGACGACCGAAUUAAAGUUGGUGAUGUCAUAGGCAUGUUGACCAAAUCAGACGACCCACUCUUCGAGUUCAAAAGAGAUGAGAUAAUAAGAGCAAUUUCAUACUUGGUUCGACUCAAUCGACUUGUCAGAGUAAAGUCGAGCGAUUACACUUUUUCUGUACCAGAAAGCAAAACACCAACAAAGAAAAGAGUCUGUUUGAUCGUCGACGGAAGUGUUGUUUCAACUCUGAUGACUGGUAUACCUAAAACAGACGAUAUCAAGAGAAUAGCUGUGCAUUUGUUCGAGGUUGGGAGACUUACCACAGACCAAGUGUAUGACUUAAUAUGUCUGAUAGACUUGUUGAAUGACCAAGAAUGCACAAAAAGCUCGAUUGAGCAGUACAACAAAUUCUUUGAAGUUGCAAAGUCUUUAGUAAACAUCGUCAAAACUCUACAACAUCUUAUCUGUGACGAAGAAGUGUUUGGACUCUGUGACGGCGUUGAAAUGGUGAAGAUGGAGUGUUUGGGCAAAUUGAGUGAAAAUGAAAUUGAGACGUAUCGAAUGAAGUACACAUCGGCGAUACUUGGGUGUAAUAGUCGUUUAGUCUCUGUCGAACACCAACCGUAUUGCCCACAAAUAGUCCCACACACUGUACUCAACAGUUAUCUGUUCUCUGUUUUCUUGAGUUUUGUAUAUAACAGUGGUGUACCGACUAUGGUUCUUCCAAGAGGGUGUUUACUCCAAACCCUCCCUAAACCAUUUGAUGAGUAUCCAUACAUAUUAACAACAACUUUUUCACAUCGACAAGAGUCUGUGUCGAGAAGUAAUGCACUUCUUUAUCUGAAUGAAGCUCUGAAAACACAGCCUGUUGUUAUUCACGCGCUAUUAACUAAAAGACCUGUCUUUGAAAGAGUCGUCUUCCCCCUCGAAUACUCAACUUCGAAUAUGAAGAACCACCCCAUUAUCAAAAUGAUGGAGAACGAACUUGGAUUCAACAAGUUUUGUGGGCGAAUUGUGUUAAUAAAGAAUAACACCACUCCAUACGACAAAAACAAUAUCAAGUUUGAAGAGUGGGACUUGUUUGAAAUAGUCUUUGGAAUCCCAAUGGAUGACUUGCAAGAGAACAAACAAUGUGUUGCAAGUUUACAAAAGCUGCUCAUGGUCAACAAAAAGGACGAGAUGUGGAAUACAUCACUCAGUAUCGUACAACUCUUCUUUAGAUUCCUCGAGAAGUACGGCUUCGAUGCAACAGCUCUAACCAAUGCUCAUGCGUUAUGUCAACCAAUGUCGUUAUACCCACCACAGCCUGUUUGUUUCAUUAAAUCCACGGCCGCGUAA